AUGACUAGCAAUCUGAGCAGCUCUUUUAAUUACGUGUACAGUUGUUCAUUGGAGACAAAUAUUCAGAUAAAAAUUGGUACUCUCGAAGGCAUCAAACACAAAAUUGAUUAUGAAAAAAUAUUGAAUGAUCCUAUGAAAAAAUUUUCUGGUUUAUAUCAAAAGCCUAUUUCUGACCUUGUAAUAUACUGCCAAGUAUAUAGUGAUGGCAAACCCUUAAGUUUACCAGUUUCAACUUCUUACAAACAUUUUACCAACCGUUGGAGCUGGAACGAAUGGGUUGUGUUGCCAAUUCAAUUUAGCGAUUUACCACGAAAUGCUUUAUUAACACUGACAGUUUAUGAUUGUGCUGGACCAAUUACUAUGACUGCAAUUGGUGGCACAUCUAUUUCACUAUUCGGGAAACGAGGCGUAUUUCGACAAGGUAUGAUUGAUCUUAGAGUAUGGCCCGAUAGAGAGGCUGAUGGUAAUAUAUCUUCUACGCCAGGAAAAUGUUUAUCAGACUCUAAUCGUAUGCAGUCUUUAGCUAAAUUAGCUAAACAGCAUAGAAAUGGCAAUAUGCCUGAAGUUGACUGGUUGGAUCGAUUGACUUUCAGAGAAAUUGAACUUAUCAAUGAAAAAGAAAAAAAAACAUCUAAUUAUCCUUAUUUAAUGAUAGAAUUUCCUGAAGUUAUAAUAAACAAUAUUGUCUAUAGUGUUGUACAUUAUGAACAAGAUGGUGAUGAUAUAUAUCCAUUUAGAGUUGACCCAGAUAUAGUCACUGUACCAGACGCCGAAGUAAUGCAAGAAAAUUUAGUUGAAAGUAAACAUCAUAAGCUGGCAAGAAGUUUAAGGAGUGGAAUAUCUGAUAAAGACGCAAAACCUACUGCAACAAUUAGAGAUAUGUUAAAUACAAUUGUUGGAUAUCCGCCUACAAAAAUACUGACUACUGAAGAACAAGAUCUUAUAUGGAAAUACCGAUUUUAUUUGUGUAAUCAGAAAAAAGCCCUAACAAAGUUUUUAGAAUGUGUCAAUUGGAAAUUACAAGGAGAGGCUAAGCAGUCAUUAGAUAUGAUGUAUCAAUGGGCUCCAAUGGAUGUAGAUGAUUCACUGCGCCUAUUAAGUCCAGCAUUCAAACAUUCAUCAGUACGAAAGUAUGCUGUAGAACGAUUACAACAAGCUACUGAUGAAGAUUUACUUUUAUAUUUAUUACAGUUGGUUCAGGCACUUAAGUAUGAAAACUUUGAACACAUUACUAACAGUUUGAAGCUUAUGGAAGAUAAAUAUCCAGUAACUGAUAGCUUAACAGAGUCUGUGUCUGGAUUAAGUUUAAAAGAUAGUUGUGACAGCAAUAUUCCUUGUACUAUAAAUCAUUUUGAAAUGUGCAAACCAGAAGAUAUGGAUCUGGCACGGUUUUUAAUUCACAGAGCGAGUAAAAACUUUAGUUUAGCCAAUUAUUUUUAUUGGUAUUUGAUGAUUGAAUGUGAGGAUCAAGAAUCAAAUAUUAAACAAGAUUUACGAGUCCGCAAUAUGUAUCUAAGCGUGAUGAAAACUUUUCUUAUGACAUUAUAUAAUGGUAGUGCUGAAUGUCAACGAAUCCAUGCUAUGUUGACUCGUCAACAAAAUUUUAUUGAUCGUUUGGUUAGAAUUAUCAAAACUGUUGCUAGAGAGAGUGGUAAUCGGAAAAAAAAAAUUGAUAAACUGCAAUCAUUAUUAGCAGAAACUGAUACAAAAUUUAGUUUUAUGUCUUUUGACCCUCUUCCUUUACCACUUGACCCUAGUAUACAUAUAACUGGUAUAAUUCCUGAGAAAGCUGUUCUUUUCAAGUCUGCUCUUAUGCCUUCAAGACUCACAUUUAUGGCACAAGAUAACAAAGAAUAUGUGGCCAUAUUUAAACAUGGUGAUGAUUUACGACAAGAUCAACUCAUCUUACAAAUCAUCAUACUUAUGGAUAAACUUUUAAGAAGUGAAAACUUAGAUUUAAAACUUACACCAUAUCGAGUAUUGGCAACAAGCACACGGCACGGAUUUGUGCAAUUUGUAAACUCACUGCCUGUAGCUGAAAUAUUAGCAACCGAAGGUUCAAUACAAAAUUAUUUUCGUAAAAACUAUUCAAAUGAAAAUGCACCAUUUGGAAUAGCUCCUGAUAUUAUGGAGAACUACAUAAAAAGUUGUGCAGGUUAUUGUGUGAUUACAUAUUUAUUAGGAGUAGGUGAUCGUCAUUUUGAUAAUUUGUUAUUGACUUCUACAGGCAAAUUAUUUCAUAUUGAUUUUGGAUACAUAUUGGGUAGGGAUCCUAAACCAUUACCUCCGCCUAUGAAAUUAAGUAAAGAAAUGGUUGAAGCAAUGGGCGGUGUCAACAGUGAACAUUAUCAUGAAUUUAAAAAAUUAUGUUAUACUGCUUUUUUGCAUUUAAGACGACAUGCCAAUCUUAUUUUAAAUCUUUUUUCAUUGAUGGUAGAUGCAAGUGUUCCAGAUAUUGCAUUAGAACCAGAUAAAACUGUAAAUAAAGUUCAAGAUAAGUUUCGAUUAGAUUUGGGUGACGAAGAAGCUGUUCAUUAUUUUCAAAAUCUAUUGGAUAUGUCUGUAACAGCUGUGAUGGCAGUACUUGUUGAACAAUUACAUAAAUUUGCUCAAUAUUGGAGAAAAUAA